AGACAGCCCAGCUGCUGCUGAUCAGAGAAGGCAAUGUGUUUAGAUCUAAGCUUUCCAGGCCUUUAUCUUCAGUGGACUUACACAUGAUGAUUGCUGCUUCAUUGGAUAAAUGGAUGGACAUGGAUGGAUGAAGGCUUUGCACAGCCCAGCUGGUGGCAGGAGGGUGCCAGGGAAUGUGAUACAGAAUGUGCUAGUGGAUUUGCACUAAAAUAAAAUGGCAAUUUAUUCUUGAAUUAACAAGUAUAACAGGGAAGAACUGAAGAUGUCCAAGAAGGGGCGUGGGAAGGCUGAAAAGCCUGAAGCCCUGAUAGCUGCCUUACAGGCUGCUAAUGAGGAUCUCAGGACUAAACUGACUGACAUACAAAUAGAGCUUCAUCAAGAGAAAUGCAAGGUUAGUAAACUUGAGCGAGAGAAGGUACAAGAGGGAAAGCGUAUACGAGAGCAAGAGCAGCACAAACACACAGCAAUGGUCACAGACUUGAAGAGCAAACUCCAUGAGGAUAAAAUGAAGGAACUCCAGUCCGUUCGAGAGACAUUAAUAAAACAGCAUGAUCAGGAACUCGCACGCACGAUCAAAAUCAAAGACCAAGAGAUUCAACGAUUUAAGUCACUUGUGAAUGCACUGCGAGAUGGCAGCAGUGACAAAGUAAGAACAGCGCUGUCUAAUGAGGCCCGGGACGAGGCUCGGAAAGCAUUUGACUCUGAGCGCCUUAAACUGUUGCAGGAAAUAAGUGAACUGAAAUCGGCCAAGAAACAGGUGGAGGAGUCACUGAGCAACAUGAUUCAGGCAGACAAGAUAAAAGCUGGGAACUUGAGGAGUGAACAUCAUUCCCAUCAAGAGGCCAUUGCCAAAAUCAAAUGGGAGUCUGAGAAGGAUAUCCGUAGGCUGAUGGAUGAGAUUAAAGCUAAAGAUCGAACAAUCUUUUCCCUGGAAAAAGAGCUAGAGGUGCAAACUGGUUACACGCAGAAGCUUCAGCUCCAGAAGGAAGCUCUGGAUGAACAACUCUUCUUGGUGAAGGAAGCAGAAUGCAACAUGGGCAUGAGCAGCCCAAAACGGGAAGUUCCGGGCAGUGCACGGGAUAACACCGAUCACCCAGGCAGUCCGGACCUGCGGAGAAACCAACGCAAGAUCGCAGACCUUAACUCAACGAUUCGGAAACUUGAAGACAGGAACACACUGCUGGUGGAUGAAAGAAAUGAACUGCUGAAGCGAAUUCGUGAAGCUGAAAAACAAUAUAAACCUCUCCUGGAGAAGAACAAGUGCCUGUCUAAGAGAAAUGAUGAUUUGACUCUGUCUUUGCAACGCAUGGAAGAGAAACUCAAAGUGCUUACCAGAAAUGCAGAAAUGAAAGAAAAGAUUGGAUCCCAUUUACCACUGAAAAAAUUGCGCUCCUUGAAUGAUCUUGACCAAGCUCAUGAAGAACAAGAAGUUGAAUUUUUAAAGCUUCAGGUUCUUGAACAGCAGAACAUCAUUGAUGAUUUGACUAGGGACCGUGAGCGACUGCUUCGCCGCAAAAGGCACAAACGAAAUACAAAGCAUAUCAAGAGACAUGUAGUAGAAACUUGUUUUGGGUUUGAUGAAGAAUCGAUGGAUUCAGAAACAUCCUCCUUGGCCUCCUAUAGAACAGACAGGACACCAGCAACACCAGAAGAUGAUCUGAAUGAAAGUCUGGCAGCUGAAGAAUCUGAGCUCCGCUUCCGACAAUUAACAAGGGAGUAUCAAGCACUCCAAAGGGCUUAUGCAUUACUUCAGGAACAGACUGGAGGGAUUCUGGAUGCAGAACGGGAAGCAAAGGCUCAUGAGCAAUUACAAACGGAAGCUCUCAGGUAUAAAGCUAAAAUUGAUGACCUCGAAAAAGCCUUGGCUCAAAAAGGACAGGAUUCAAAAUGGGUUGAAGAAAAGCAACUGUUUAUCAAAAGAAAUCAGGAACUUCUGGAAAAGAUUGAGAAAAUGGACGGUGAGUUAAACCGGUUGCAACAAGAGGUUCAGGAUUCUCGGGAUCAGAAUGAGUUGUUAGAAUUUCGCAUCCUGGAACUGGAGGAGAGGGAAAGGAGGUCUCCUGCCUUUAACCUUCAGAUCACACCUUUCUCAGAUGGUGUGAGUGCUCUUCAGAUCUACUGUAUGCAGGAAGGUGUGAAGGAUGUGUCUAUCCAUGAACUCAUCAAACAGCUGGACAUCCUGGGAGAUAAUGGGAAUCUCAGAAAUGAGGAGCAAGUGGCGAUUAUCCAGGCGAGCACUGUGCUGUCUCUGGCUGAGAAGUGGCUACAACAGAUCGAAGGUACAGAGGCUGCUCUUCAUCAGAAGAUGAUAGACUUGGAGAUUGAGAUGGAUAUGUUUUGCAAACAAAAAGGCUACCUGGAGGAAGAGUUAGAUUAUAGGAAACAAGCCCUGGAUCAAGCAUACAUGCAUAUCCAAGAGCUCGAGGCUACACUGUACAAUGCACUACAGCAGGACACCGUGAUAAAACUCGGAGAAUCACUGACAGAGAAGCAAAAAGAUGACUUGCGAACUGCAGUGGAGAAACUGAGACGUCAGAUGCUGAGAAAGAGCAGGGAGUACGACUGCCAAAUCCUGCAGGAGAGAAUGGAACUGCUGCAGCAAGCACAUCAGAGAAUACGAGACCUGGAAGACAAGACUGAUGUUCAGAAUCGGCAAAUCAAAGAUCUGGAAGAGAAGGGUACUGGAUGGUUAAAAUGCUUCCAAGUCAGUAAAGAGUUCAUGUUGAAUCACCCUGUACCUGGGACAAAUGGAAGUGAAGAAAAGCAGAGAAGAUUAUGCCUGAGGUUGUCUGCCUUCUUUGCCAGAACCAUUACCCGAGAUUUAUUUUGCUUGAUUCUCCCUGUUGAAGGAAGUCGCAAAACACAGUACCUGUUGCAUUUAACAGCAACUGCGUUGCAAAUGAAGAGUAUUUUGAAGCAAAAUAAAACCACAUUAAUGGCAAUGAUACACAAAAAGAAGUGUCUUAGACAUGGAACCAAAGUGAAGAAAAUCAACUUAUCCCUGCUGUGCAGGGGAACGUUAAUAUAUCAGAACACCACUGCAUUCAGGACUAAAGGGUGAGGACAUCGCAGAGGGAAUAACUUACGAUUACGAAUUUGUAAUCAAAUUUCUCAGAGAAGAACUGAUAAGUGGUGAUGUACAGAACUUAAACCGUACAGGGUUAAAGGACAUCACACAGAAUUACAGGGAUUCUAUUCAUUUCUUCAGCAAUGGUAUCACUGAUGAGGGCAUUUCUUGACCAAGGAAGACAUGAUAGGUUACUAGAAAGAAACGAAGGAAGACUGGAUGACACUUGGGGACUAAAGAACUAAUGAGACCUCUGUGAGGAGGUUAAUCAUUCAUCGGGAGAAGCAUACCUGGACCCAGUUGAGCAGCUAUGGCAACAUUUAUGUGAACUGUUGUGUAAGUUUACGAUGAUUCAAGAUCCGUGCAUCUAGGUCCUUCCCUCAUAGCUGCGAAUAUAUUAACUCAUUCCUCACUAGUUUGUAGACUUUGAACAAAACUGGAUCUUAUGGGCAAUCUGAAAGCCGGUGGUAAAAUAUAAUCGGUGCCUUUCAUUAUCCCACUGUGGAUUUAAUAAUAAGUUGACUUUCUUUUCCUAGGUCUCUGAGGAAAAUAUAUGAUCCCAUUAGCUUUCCCUAUUAUCAUGGUGAAUGGAGGUGUAAAUGAACAAUCUGGUAACCGGUAAACUGUUCACAAUUGAUGCACAAUGGACUCACAACUGAGUAAACAGUAGGUUUGUUCUAUGUUGAGCUUCCUGAACUCACUCCAUUUAAUUCAUGUGGAGCUUGUUAAUGUCCUUCUUGUGGACCCCAUGAUUUACCACAGCCUAACUUAGUACUCCUUUUAGUAUGAAAUUUGGAGAAAUUCAGUUUCAGAAAGUGGAGUUCCUGUGUAGGCCCCACCCAUGUAUAUCUCAUCAUAAGGGUGGCAUUACCUCACAAGUUGAAUAAUUUGAAGAGGUUUCAUAUACAGAUGUCAGGAAGAGAAGAUGUCUUGGUAACAAGUUAGCGUGAAUAUGAGGUGAUGAAAUCUUAAGAACAGACAACUGACCAGAAAGCCAUAGAAAAAUGCUUAAAGUAAAACUUACUUGAAAUAAGAUUGAAUCAUGAAAUGAAAGGCAAUGAUUUGGUCACCUAUGUAAAAGAGAACCUUUAUGAAAGCAUAGAGGAUGUGACUUACAGAUAUGAAAGCCAUGCUUUAUAUGGUAGUCCUGGAUCCUAUUUAAAGGAUAGGCCAAGACAUUCGCAUUGGUUACAAGCACUAGAGCAUGAUGUCAACAGAACUGAAUGUGGCAAAAGUGAGUGCAAUCAUCAGCUGACACCGUUGAAUUGGUUUAGUGCUGGCAACCAAAGAUGAAUUGACCUCCACUCCCUUUUCUAGAUCUGUCUGGUUGCAUUGUGUUUCUACUUUGCGAUCUGAGAUCUGUUCCUUUCUUCAAUCUCAUUUUCUUGGUGUUGUUUGCAUUUUAAUCUUCUUCCAGCUUUGUUUCAAUAUAAAUUGGUAAUUUUUUAAUCAUUCCAAGUGCUGUUAACUGCUUUAGUUUAGGAUAGCAUUUAAAAGAAUUGCAUGGGCAUUAAAGAGACUAACUUCAUAUGUAGGAUUGGGCUAGACUGGUUGCAUCUUUGUGCAUGGUCAGACUUGCACAGCUACCUGGCAGGAAGCAGCCAAUUACAAUGCUGUUGAGUUCUACCCCUUGUCAAUGUCACAUUGUGUAAACCCUCUGUUUGUAGAGGAUUCCACUUCAGGCUGAGAGGGGCUGAGGAAUAGAACACUCAGGCCUGAAAAUGUACAUCAACAGAGUUGAGGAAGUUCUUUUGAAAGAUUUCCACCAGUCCUCAAGACAGCCUGAAUAACUCAAUGCAAUUCCAUACAUUGUCCCAAUUUACCAUCUCUUUGAAGCAAUACUGGAUCAUUUCCGCUGCAACAGUAACUCAGUGUUAAGGAGUGAGAUGUGGCUCUUAGAGUGUGGUCAAGGCUGACAGAACUUUGGCACAGUUAGCUAUCUUGAUGUAAAAUCAUAGACAGUUACAAUGUAAGAGGGGGCCAUUCAGCCCAAUGUGUCUGUGCCAGUUGAUAAGCAGCUAUCCAGCCUAAUCUCACCUUUCAGUGACUUAAUCCAUAGCCCUGCAAGUCACGUGUUCUUCAAGUACACAUUGAGGUACAGUUUAAUUAUGAUGAGAGUUUCUGCUUCUCCCACCCUUUCAGUCAUUGAGUUCCAGACAGUUAUCAACCUCCGGGUUAAAAUGUAGUUCAGAGGGUAGAGAUAGUCCAACUGCUAAUAGUACACUCAAAAGCAUUUAUAAUAUCAGAUAGCCUUGGAAAUGUGCUACAGCCAAAUAGCCUGAAUCUCAAUGCCCACACAAGAUGUGGUCCUUGGUUUUCAGACACCCUCUGCAUCUCCUCCCACUGCAUCAUAUAAAUCAAACAAGACUGCAAGAUCUAUAGUAUGUUUUGUCGUACUGAUGCACAUUCCAUUCUCUGGGGUUUAGCUGAACACCUAAGGUCACCACCUCUCUGGUACUGACCUGAAUUUGUCUCUUGAAUGCUGCAAACAUUCACAGAAGCAUUAAAAUAGCUGUACAUUUUUUUAAAUUUUCCUUAAACAGUUUCAUUUCUUAGUUAUAAAAAUAUUUGAAAAUGCAAGUAAAAAGCUGUUGACCAGAUAGUUAGGAGAUGAAAUCUCCAGGAAUCCUGAGGACCUGCCCAAGGCAGGAAAGGUGACAGGAAACUAAAAAAGAAAGGAAGGGUUUUUAUUCUUCUGCUACCUUAUUGGCCCAACUAGGGGUUAAAUCUCUGGCUCAGAAAACUUAUCAGGUGAAUCUAGGCUUUCCGAGUUUGUGACUCUCCUUCCUCCACACAAACAGGCACUUCCAGUUAAGAAUGAGUUAAUACAUUCAGCAGGAGCUAGGCGAAUGAUGAAAACUUGAAAAUAUUAUUUUGCAAAACUUAAUUAAGUAAUUAAAAUGAUGGUUUGCAGAAACUCUACCAUAGAUCCUUUGAAUAAUAUCCGAGGGGGUCUGUGAGCAGAUGUAACAAAAUGUAUUAAUGUGUAGAGGAAUAUUAAUGCCAUGUUAUGUUUAUGAACGGUUAUUUUUUUAAUUUAUUAUUGACACUAU